AUGUCGCAGUACACUCUGGGAGUUCACCUGCAGAUCCUGCUGGCUGUGGGUCUGGCUGUGUUCUGCUACUGUCUGGUUCUUGGUUGUGUCCUUUGCUGUCGCAGGAGAAAGAGUGUUUCAUCAGGGGACAAGGAAGCGGGUUUCUUGUCUCCUCAUUCUGCUGAGCGAGUGACUGUGACACUGACUCCGUCUCCAUGCACCCAGCUUGUGAAACAGCAGUACGAGGAGUUGGAUGGGGACGUAUUGGAGUUCCCUUCCUCUAAAAGCAGUUCUCCCUCUGAGGAUGACCUCACUGCUCUGCCCUUUGACCCCAGCCCUACGAGAUCAGCUGAAUUGGUGCAGUCCCAUGCGUCCUCUUUCCCCAUGCGGCGCCUCAGCACUCCAGCUGUUCCGUGCUCACCCAGUAAACGUCCAAGUCAUGGCAGAUCAUCUUUGCCCUCCCUCACUAAGCUGAGCCUGGUGUCUAAGUCUCGUCGGGCUAUGGGCCGACGCAGCACCGUGAGUGGUGAAAGUUUCCUGUACGGAGAGAGCAGUCGACUGACUGCUGGUGCUGCUAAAGCUGCCAUUCAGCAGGGGGAGCCCUCUCUAUCACAGUAUGGCUCUAACUCUCUCUCCAUCCCCUCCAAGCCAGCUCCUCUCUUGCACUUCUCCCUGCUGUUCUCCUCUGCAUGUGGCAACCUGGUGGUCAACAUUCUGGGGCUCUCGGGGGCCAGUCGAAGGCGUAGCGGGGUGUUUGUCAAGGCCAGCCUUCCUCCACUCUGCCCCUCUCCUCAGCAGAUAGCCUCUCGACGCCGCAGCCUGAGCUCAGAGCUCCACAGUCAGAGCUUUGUUCUGCAGGUGGGCUCUGUGGAAGAGCUGCGUACCUGCACUUUGAGGUUGGCUGUCUAUAGCAGGGACUUCUCAGGCCUCAGAGAGGCUGCACUGGGGGUGGUGGAGCUGCCCUGUGAGCAGAUGGAUUGGGAGCCUGACACCACCACUACCUACACGAGGCAGCUCAGCCCAACUAAAAGGAAGCUGAAAAAGAGUCUGAGUUCUCAGGAAACACUGGGUCGCAGGAAGAGUUCUGUUUGUGUGCCGCGGGCUUUGGGACAACUGUUCAUCUUGCUGCAGUAUCAGACAUUAGCCCAACGCAUCAAGGUGAUGGUCCGAAAGGCUGAGAAUCUGGCCAAGCUCACACGGAUGCCAGGAGCUCCAGACCACUAUGUCAUCAUCAACUUGCGUCAAGAUGGGAAAGUGAUUGAUACCAAGGAGACCAAAGGAGCUGGUGGUGCAAACCCCAUCUGGAAUGCUCCAUUUCUAUUUGACGUGCCCUCUGGUGACAUCACUCAGCUGCAAUUGGUCCUUGAAUUUAUUAUCAUGCAGGGCCGCCUCUACACUAAGAGCAGCGUUCUGGGUCGUGUGCUAAUUGGCAGUGAUGUUUCGGAGGCGGGACAGGGGCACUGGAAGGAAAUGUGCAGCCGGGGGCAAACAGAGACGGCUCGCUGGCAUAUCAUCCAGUCCGACGUGUUGUAG